AUGUCCAGCUUCAGCUCCUUUUCAGGCCGUCCCGAUACGUCGGUGCCUGCUUCUUCCAGCCUAUCCCUGACCUCUGCGCCGUCGGAUGCGAAUGCGAAUGAUCCUUCAUCCGAGACUCAAGAUGCUGGCGCACCCUUUGUCCCCAAUAUAUUUGACCUUGUCUACCUCGCCCAGCGAGCCGAGCUCUCGGUGGCACGCCCGGUCAUGCAGCUAUUCCUCGGCGCCCAAGCCAUUGACCAGUCCACGUAUCUGGGCCAAGGUGCCUCCUUCGAAGUGUCGUCCAAGAGGGUCCCCAAAUCAGAGGGCAUGGUGUAUGAGACAAAGACCCUAGGCUUGACAUUGUCUACCCGACAGGGCCAAUACGAUGAGAGGGUGCUGGUAUACAAGACAGCCAAGAUCGCCUUCAAUGAGCUGGGAGAGCCACUGGCCAAAGAUCGAAGAGCCAUGGACUCAGUGCUUAUGGAGAUGUACGCCCUGAUCCACCCGCCACUGUACAAGCAUCGUAACAUCGUGACGCUCCUCGCAUUGGGUUGGGGCAGCAAUCCUUACAACCCGUCCUAUCGGUUGCCUGUCAUCGUCACUGAAUAUGCCGACCAUGGCAAUCUAGCCGCGCUGCAAGCCAAGGAGACUCUCGGCUCAGACACAAAGCUGAACCUCAGCCUUGACAUUGGGCGCGGGCUGCAGAUUCUGCACCGUUGCGGCAUCAUCCACGGGGACGUGAAAUCGGAGAACAUUCUGGUCUUUUCUGACCCCCAAAAGAAAUAUGUCGCGAAGCUUGGUGACUUUGGCUUCUCCGUCGUGGGCCAAGCAUCUGCCGACCCAGUGCGUAUUGGGGGGACCAACCCAUGGAGAGCCCCAGAAACCACCGCCGCGGUGCCUCGCCAUCUUCUGGCCCAAACGGACGUGUACUCGUUUGGCCUGACAAUAUGGCGCAUUGCCAUGGACGGCAUGAACCCAUUCCACAUUCUCCGUGGUGACUCGCACACAGAGAUAAGCCUGACAGCAGAAAUCGAGCGUCUCAAGCAUCAAGAUUUACUCAAGGAGAAGGCAGAUCUUGACGCCUGGUAUCCUGCCUGGGUCCUGUCAUCUAUGGACAAGCUCGCAGGCGGCUCGCUGCCUGAUAUGACGAAAGUGGUCCAAUUGGUACAGCAGGUUCAAACUCUCUUAACCGGGGGUAGUAUGGAUAUCGUUCAGGCGAUCAAUUUCAUAAAAUAUAUUUUUUGGAUAUUGCACCAGCAUGGCAUGGCCAGCACACCAAUCUAUGGACAAAUUAGGCAAGCUGUCUUGACCGCCGCGCUCUCAGAUCCUUUCUACGGCAAGGUUGCCGCCGCGUUGAAACAAUGCGUUCUCCGAAAUCCUCCAAACCGAAACCUCGAAGGCGCCAUGUCUGCAUUGACUCCAUCCACUGAUGCUGAACAGGACGCUGGCCAAGUGGACGGUGACAUACUGCUGCGACGGAGCUUCGAUCACCAUCUGAUGUCCUGGCAAGCCGUGAGAGAACUACAGCCCUCGGUCCAAACAUUCCUCUUCCAACGAUCCCGUGCAAGGGCGGACUCGAAUGCCUCUCGCAACAGGAUCAACCCGCCCGAGUGUUUUGUACUUGGGUCGUUCUACCUCAACGGAUACGGCACCCAGCCUGACUUUGCCGAAGCACGGCGCCUCAUCCUCCAUGCCGCUCGAAAUGGGCACGAGGUGUCGCAGGCGUACGCCUGGCGCAUCGCUAAGAUUUCAGGAGCUGAGCUCGCCACUGACGAACAGCUUCUGAAGAUGAUGGAAACCCGGGCAUUUAGCGGGUCAAGAGCAGCGCUGCAAGACCUUUCCCUGAUCGCGCCCGAGAAGGUCGAACGAGUGAAGAAACUUCUGAAGCUGGGAUUGGCAGGGGUAGGUGCAUCGUUCUGGGACGACGACCUGAUCCACGGGUUUACCUUCCCUCAAUGGAUGAAUACCUUCAACAACACCGCCAUGCUGGUGAAGAAUUUUUCGAAUCUGCGUGCCAUCGCAGACUACAGGGUCAACAAACGUGGUGACCGCAUCCUGCACAUGGCAGCGAGCUGCGGCCAACCUCAAGCGAUCGAAGCGCUCUUGGACAACUUUCCAGCCCUAACCGUCAACCAACUCAACGAUACAGGCGAGACCCCCUUGCUUUCUGCCUGCCGUUCGGGACACCGAGAAGUCGUCAGUCUCUUGAUAGAAAGAGGAGCUGAUCCAACCAUUGUGACCAGCUCAAAGGAAUCUCCCUUGCAUUGGCUCAUCUCAUUCGAGGAGGACGAAGUAGGAGAAGUGGGGGAAGCUCUCGUCUCCAAAGGUGCCAACCGGCGGUUACUGACCACACAAGGCCUCAAUUACAGCAAUUUCCCGUCGGGGGUUGAUUCGGACAAUCUCCCUCCUGGCACGCCCUUGACCUGGGCUGUCCAUCACGAUCGGCCGGACAUUAUCAAGUUCUUAAUUCGUGCUGCAGGUACCGCCGGCAUCUGCGUUGACAAAGCGGCCAACCAGCCGUCACCGAUGGAAUGGGCCGCCCACUACCACCAUCGAGAAUGCCUCGAAGCAAUGAUCAGCGCGAUGAAGGAAGAGAAACUCGGCUUCACGUACCUCCAUUUUCUGCAGAGCGCCGUGCACAGCGCAGACGUGUUCUCGAUGGUUUUGAGAAAUGGUAUUGCGUACGUGGAUCGGUUCAAAGACACUAUGACUUAUCUAUUGGAGGAGACACAUCCCGCAUCCUUCGCCACGGGAAUAGGAUCAUUUGGGCACACUCUGCUGUACUACGCAGUCUCGGAAGCCCAUGACUUGGCAGCGGAGUAUCUACUGGCCCCAGAGACCGAGCAGCUUCUCCAAACCGGCUGGGAACGAGUCAAAGAGACGGCCAAGGACGACGCCGACAUUCCCAUCCGCCGAUACGGUGUCUUCAGCCGUGAGCAUGUCAACAUCCCUUGCGGCGAUGAACAACGGACGCCACUGUUGGAGUGUGUUCGCUGGAACCGCCGCAGCCUUUUCGAGCUGCUGAUCAGCAACGGGGCCGAAGUCACGGCGAGAAGCCGGAACCCAUUUGACAACACUCAAACCAAUUGGAGUGCUCUUCACACGUUUGCCCACGCGGGCCAUGACACCGACAUCUCAUUGGCGGCGCGGAUCAUCGAGGCAGGGGUACCAGCCGAUGCUCCAGUGGAAGGGAGUGACAACGUGGACCUCGAGACGCCGCUGUUGGUGGCGGUGAAAAACAACGCAUUCAAGCUUGCAGAAGUGCUGCUUCGCCAUGGCGCCAAUCCCAACGCCAAAUGUGUCUCGUCCGGCUUGAUAGCGCUGGAAUACCCCACCACGAUUUUGGGCCACAUUGCCGCUUCUACAGCGCGCGAAUCUGCCUCGCGUCUACGCUUCAUCCUGACACAAUGUCCCGCUAUCGUCGACGAAGGAGCGGAAACAAGCCGGCAGAUUGACAUGAUCGUAGAGCCGGAGCGAGCGAUGACCGCCUUGCAUCGAGCCGCGUGGGCUUUUCAAGGGGUGUCUGAUCGGCUUCCGGGUGGAACUUCAGCGCCAGAAGCAGUCAAGCGAGGGCAGUACGAUUUCUCGCAGAACCGAGAGAUCAUGGUCGAAUUGCUCCAGCACUUCGGCGGCAACAAGGACUACCUGAACGCCAGGACGGGCGAUGCGCUCCUGCGGCGGACGGCACUCCACUUGGCUGUUGACUCGGUCAAUGUCCGAGCGGUUGAGUUGCUACUCGAGCACGAGACAGUGGACGCCAGUAUCAAGGACGCAAACGGGCAAACGGCUCUCGAUGUGGCGCGUGAAGCCGGUCGACAUUUCGGCGUGAAAUGCGACGGACCUUGUGAACAGCUGCCCAUCCCUGGUCGAAGAUGGCACUGUAUCGUUUGCCCGGACCACGAUCUGUGUGAUGUAUGCUACCGGGCUUUGGAAGGGAAGUCAACAGAGCAUGAAUUCAGAGAGGUGUCGUUGAGUGAGACGUGCGCGGAUAUUUCUGCAAAGAGCAAACGGCAGUGGGUUAUUUCUGAGGAAAUUACAGGGUUGGCGGAAAUCAUUGAUUUUUUGCAAGCCCGACAAACGCUUCAAGGCAUGAGAGAGGCAUUUCAUGGUUUAGAUGUUUCUGAUUGA